AUGCCAAGUUAUGCCAAGUUCAUCAAGGAUAUAUGUACAAAGAAGAGAUCGGUAUGUUUUGAGGAUGAUAAACGAAUGCGGCAUUAUAGUGUUAUUGUUACAAGGUCUUUUGUGCAAAAGAAGGAAGAUCUGGGCGCUUUCACUAUUCCAUGUACCAUUGAUUUAUUACAAUUUUCCAAAGCACUAUGUGAUCUAGGUGCUAGCAUAAAUCUUAUGCCUCUAUCCAUUUAUAAAAAUUUGGGUUUGGGUUACCCAAAGCCCUCUGCAUUGCAGUUACUGAUGGCCGAUCAGACAGUGAACAGGCCCAUUGGGAUACUUUAUAAUGUGCUCGUGAAAGUGGUGUUGUUUAUAUUUUCAGACGAUUUUGUGAUUCUUGACUAUGAGGUGGACUUUGAGGUCCCUAUUAUUAUUGGGAGGUUGUUCUUGCUACUAGUCGCGCCUUGGUCGAUAUGGAUAAAGGAAAAUGAAUUAAGGUUGAACAAUGAAGAAGAAACAUUGAACAUUUGUACGUCCAUGAAACAGAGUGGUGAGCUCCAAAUGGUAUCUGCUAAAUCCAACAGGGAUGAGAGCAUGUCUGAGAGAGAAUAUCCGUCCAAACCAAAGAAAUUGGAGUUAGAUAUGAAGCGUCGAGAGUCUCAACCUGUAUUGGCCGCUUUUUAUGACUUGAUUCCAUGGUUUGCCAAUUUUGCAAAUUAUCUAGCCAGUGUUAUAGUCCCACCGGACUUGUCCUACCAUCAGAGGAAGAAGUUGAUGCAUGAUGUGAAAAAGUUCUUUUGGGAUGAGCCUUACUUAUACGGGUUUUAUGGUGAUGGGACUAUUCGCAGUUGCAUGCCGAAUGUACAAAUGGCCCCCAAACCAGAAAUCGCUUAUUUUAGAGGCAGGCCCAAGUCUGUCGCACCAUGUUGUCGGAUGAUUAGAACAUCAGAAGAUGAGCGGGAUCCUGAAUAUGUGCCACCAGGAACCCGUACCCCUACUCCAGCUGCACGAGCCACUCGAGUUACCCCCAAUAAGGUGGAUUCUUAUUUAGUCACUGCCUCCCAGUUUGAUGAGGAGAGCACACUGACCGACACAUUGUCUGGGUCUGCCUCGGGUUCUAAAGGAGUGUCUGGCUCUGAAGCGACAUUAGGCUCAGAGCUGGCCCACUCUACGGGGUCGAAUUAG